AUGCCCAAUAACCACAGUGUCGUACCAUUCCAAUUUCAGAUAACCCACCCUAAAACUAAAGAACCUGCUUUAGCAACGCCGAUACACCCAACGUCCCCAAUACACGCAGAGCCCCCAAUACCCGCAGUGUCCCAGAAAGACCCAUGGAAGGGAGGUAAAAGUCCAAAGCCGGACACACAUAUGCAUCAGAUACCACCAUCGAAGCCAGCUGCCGAUACUAUAGACAGCCAUAAGACCACUAAAACCCGCCAUAAAAGUCUAAAGCCUGCUUUGAAGCCACCCCCAGUGCCCUCAAUACCAGCAGUCUCCGAGAAAGUCCAAUGGAAGAGAUUUGUCGGUCCUCUAAACCGCCCUAAAAGUCCAAAAUUAGACAUGCCCAUGCAUCAGAAAGCGCCAUCGAAGUCAAUUCCAGAUACUAAAUGGAGCCCUACUGAUAAGCCCAUAAACAUCCGCCCUGAAAGUCCAAAGCCUCCUUUACCAGCCUCGCCGGUACCCCCAAUACCCGCAGUACCCGAGAUAGCUCCAUGGAAGAGAAUUGUUGAUAGUCUUACCCGUCCUAAAAGUUCAAAGCCAGACACGAGUCAAGAACCUGUUUUGCCAACCACACCGGUUCCCGUAGUGCCCCCAAUACCCGCAGUGCCCGAGAAGACCCCAUGGAAGAGAGUUGUCGAUUCUCUAACCCGUCCUAAAAGUCCAAAGCCGGACACGCCAUUGAAGUCAGCUGCCGAUGCUAAAGAUGAGACCACGAAAACCCGUCGUAAAAGUCCAAAGCCAGCUUUAAGGACUACGUCGAUACCUGCUACAAUGCCCCAAAAAGUAUCAUUCAAGAAGGCUGCCCAUGUUAUAAAGAGCCCUACUGAUAAGACCAUGAAAACCCGCCCUAAAAGUCCAAAGCCCGCUUUACCCACCACGCCCAUACCUGCAGUGCCCCCAAUACCCGCAGUGCCCGAGAAAGGACCAUGGAACAGAGUUAUCGAUACUCUAACCCGUCCUAAAAGUCCAAAGCCAGAUACGAGUCAAAAGCCUGUGAUACCCAGCACACCGAUACCCCCAAUGUCCCACAUACCCCCAAUGCCCCAGAAAACCCCAUGGGAGAGAAUUGUUGAUACGCUAACCCGUCCUAAAAGUCCAAGGCUGGACACGAGUCAUGAACCAGUUCCACCCACCACACCGAUACCCCCAAUGCCUCCCAUACCCCCAAAGCCCCAGAAAACACCAUGGAAAAGAGUUUCCGAUACUCUAACUCGUUCUAGAAGUCCAAAGCCAGACACGAGUCAAAAGCCUGUUUCACCAACUACGCCGAUAUCCGCAGUGCCCCCAAUACCCCCAAUGCCUCCCAUACCCCCAAAGCCCCAGAAAACACCAUGGAAAAGAGUUUCCGAUACUCUGACCCGUUCUAGAAGUCCAAAGCCAGACACGAGUCAAGAGCCUGCUUCACCAACCACACCGAUAUCCGCAGUGCCCCCAAUACCCCCAACACCCCUGAAUGCACCAUUGCAGACAGCUGUCGAUACUACGAAGAGCCCUGCUGAUAAGUUCAAACGAAACAGAAGAAUGUUCAAGCCAAGAAAAAUUGGUAAAAAGAGAUCACCAAAGGACGAUUGUGUCGGAGAACAAAAUAUAGAGGGUCUAGAUCCAGAAUCUCUAUAUUUUCGCGACGGGAAAAGGAAAAUAGACAUUGUAUUAGCAUAUGAAGAAGAUCCAGCAGCAGUAUCAGAGAGUGAAGUGAGAAAGAGAGCAUAUAGGAAAACUUUCCACGAAAACUUGACGAAGGAAGGUCUAGAAUUAGAAUUAGAAGACAAAUGUUAUUCGUGGGACCAUAAGACAUGGUUCCUUAAGAUCCAUAUACCUCGGCUGAUAGCGUUGAGGGUGGCAGAGCUGAUCGGUAUGAAGCUGCCUACGAAACGGUUCAUAACCUUACCCAUUGAAGCUUCGGAAAAGAUUGAAGAAGACGAGAAGAACAAGACCUGGUAUUUAAAACUCUACCUCCGAUUGAGAAAAUUAUAUGAGUUCGAAUAUUAUUCAGUAGUGCCGGAACCGUCUUUCUAUGGGGCUGAGCAGCGCUCGAGGAGACGGGACGAAAUAUUCCUAGUAAAAGACCGACACAGAGACUUCUCAUCAGCUCAGAGGAGUCUGCUAGUCAUGCAGAUACUAGUGAGAGCUAAAUAUGACAACAACGACUCAAAGAUGGGUAUCGAACGUCUACUAAGCGACAGAACUUACAAAGCGUGCUUCCCUCUGCAUGAAGGAAGGUAUCAAAAGGACAUGUCUGAUGGGACCAUUACUGAUAGAAGGCUAUUAUAUCUAGAAUGGGCUCGUCUCCGGAAAUGGUAUAAACAGCAACCUCUCUGGCUGGUCCGAAGGUAUUUCGGUGAUAAGAUCGGAGUCUACUUCUGCUGGUUGGGGUUCUAUACAAGGAUGCUGGUUCCCGCAGCUGCAGUUGGGACCAUUUGCUUCAUAUAUGGCUUGAGUAGCAUGAAUUCUGCAGACAAUAUUCCUAGCAAAGAGAUUUGUGACACCAACGGGCCAGGCAACGCGACCCUCUGUCCUCUCUGUGAUAAGGCCUGCAAAUACCUGAAGUUAUCCGAUUCCUGUCUCUUCGCCAACCUGACGUAUCUCUUCGACAACCCUGCUACCGUCUUCUUUGCAAUAUUUAUGUCUUUCUGGGCGACAUCAUUCCUUGAGCUUUGGAAACGAAAGCAGUCGGUGUUGCGGUGGGAGUGGGAUUUGGAUGGCGUUGACCAGGACGAGUAUCCUCGCCCAGAAUUUGAGGCGCAAGCGAAGACAUUCCGGACUAACCCAGUGACGAGGCUGCAGGAGCCAUAUUUGUCUAAUACGCAGAAAUCAUUAAAUUUUAUCAUAAGCGGUUCUGCUGUGCUAUUCUGUAUCGCAAUAGUUGUGACAACUGUGCUGGGCAUCAUUGUCUACAGGGUGUCUAUGGUGACUGUGAUCUACGGUGGCUCAGGAUAUUUUAUCCAAAGCCACGCCAAGCUCUUUACCACAAUGACGGCCGCCCUACUCAAUUUGGUCAUCAUCAUGUUCAUGACUAAUGUAUAUGGAAAAAUAGCUCUGUUACUAACGAACAUUGAGAACCCGCGCACACAGGCAGAAUAUGAACAGUCCUACACCUUCAAGAUAUUCUUCUUCGACUUCAUUAACUUCUACGCUUCUCUAAUUUACAUCGCCUUCUUUAAAGGCCGUUUCUACCACCACCCAGGCGAUGGUCAAGCGAGAAAAUCUGAAUUAUUUAAACUAAAAGGAGACGUUUGUGACCCGGCCGGCUGUCUCACAGAACUGUGCAUACAGCUUGCAAUUAUUAUGAUCGGCAAACAAUUUUUCAAUCAUUUCAUCGAAAUUGGGCGCCCAAAAUUCUCCAACUGGGUGCGGAGGAGGUCUCAUAAAAAAAAGACUAUGGAUCGCACUAAACCACAUAUGGCCUGGGAGCAGGACUACCACCUGCAUGAUGCUGGGAAACUGGCGUUGUUUGACGACUACACGGAGAUGAUUAUACAAUAUGGGUUCGUGACACUGUUCGUGGCAGCGUUCCCCCUCGCACCCCUGUUUGCGCUGCUCAACAAUAUCGCAGAGAUACGACUGGACGCUUACAAAAUGUUGACGCAAUCCCGCAGGCCUUUAGCUGAGAGGGUCCAAGGUAUUGGAGCUUGGUACGAUGUUUUGAAAGCUAUCACUUAUUUAGCUGUGGUGUCCAAUGCCUUUGUGAUAGCAUACACGAGUGACUUUAUACCUCGGAUGGUAUAUAUCUUCGGAUAUUCGCGUGAUCAUACAUUGUCUGGAUAUAUUUACCAUUGCUUAGCGUGGUUCAACACAUCAGACUAUCAGGCAGAUUGGGGCGCCGAUGCCAACGAGGUGGACCCCCCAGUUUGUGGGUACUGGGGGUAUAGGAACCCCCCAGAUCAUUAUGACCCCUACGGCUUAACUCCUCUGUAUUGGCACGUGUUCACAGCCCGACUGGCAUUUGUCGUCAUUUUUGAGCAUUUGGUUUUCGGCAUGACAGCUGUGAUGCGAAUUUUCAUACCAAAUGUGCCAAGAGAACUGACGACACAGCUGCACAGGGAAGCUAUGAUAAAGAAGGAACAGAGGUACCAGCAUGGAAAAGGAAGGCUGCCUGCUGAGUACCAUGACCUGCUUAUAAAGAAGAUUAAACUUGACGAUACACCUCAAAAUUCGUUGGGAGAACAUGGAGUCUAGCUACGUCGAGUAUCCAGUGCUACAGAAGACCUCAAUACCUGUGUAGGAGUAUCACAAAGGUUUAUUUAACAUCGAAUAGUAAACCAAUAAAGGUUAUAAAUACAACAUUUUUGAAACACACUAAAUUAAUUAUUUAAAUAGUAACAGUUUGUCGAUGAAUAGGGUAAAUACCUAAUUUUUGUGUUAAUGUCCGUCUGGUAGAUAGAUUAUUUUAAAUCAUUAGA